AUCCCUCCGCCGCGCCGGGCCCUCCGCGCAUGCGCCGGGGUGGCGAUGGCGGCGGCCGAGAGGGUUGGCGAGGGUCGGCGGUUGAGUGUUGUGGUCGCUCCCCUCCUGCUGGUCGCGUUGCAGCUGGCGGGAGCCGCCUCGGCCGCCGGCCUGCCCGUGGUCAUCAACACCUGGGCGUUUAGGAAGGCGGCGGAGACAGCCUGGAGAGUGUUGCAGUUGGGAGGUUCUGAGCUGGAUGCGGUUGAGAGAGGCUGUGGCCAGUGCGAGAUUGACCAAUGCGAUGGGAGCGUGGGGUACGGAGGAAGCCCAGAUGAAAGUGGAGAAACAACACUGGACGCAAUGAUUAUGGAUGGCAACAGUAUGGAAGUUGGGGCAGUUGCGGAUCUCAGACGGGUAAAAAACGCAAUUGGUGUAGCACGAAAGGUCAUUGAAUACACUAAGCAUACAUUACUAGUGGGAGAGUCAGCCUCCCUGUUUGCUGUAAGAAUGGGGUUCCCGUAUGAAGAUUUAACUACCCAGAAUUCUCUCUCUGUGUAUUCCAAGUGGCUUAAUCAAAGCUGUCAGCCAAACUACUGGAAGAAUGUGGUACCAGACUCUUCAAAAUCCUGUGGACCAUACAAACGGCCUGAAAAAGUGACUUGUAAAGAAGAAGAGACCAUCUCACAAAGAAGUGUUCAUAAUCAUGAUACUAUUGGUAUGGUUGUAAUUGGUGCGAGCGGAACCGUUGCUUCUGGGACAUCUACUAAUGGUGCAAUCCACAAAAUCCCAGGCCGUGUAGGAGAUUCUCCGAUAGCUGGAGCAGGAUCCUACGCAGAUAGUACAGCCGGAGGAGCUGCGGCCACUGGGGACGGUGACAUCAUGAUGCGCUUCUUACCCAGUUAUCAAGCGGUGGAGUAUAUGAGGAUGGGAACAGACCCAACAGUAGCCUGUCAGAAAGUUAUUUCCAGGAUCCAGAAGUACGCUCCAAGGUUCUUUGGUGCCAUUAUAUGUGCCAAUACAACUGGAAGUUAUGGUGCUGCAUGUAAUAGAAUUCCAGGAUUCACUCAGUUUCACUUCAUGGUUUCCAGCCCUUUGCUAGAGGGCGAGUAGGCCGGCUGCUCUCAUUCAGCGUGCAGCCACCCAGCUGCUGGCGGCAGCGCCAGGCUGACCGCCGGGACGCGCGGGAGGGCGCUGAGGAGCACAGGGCCUUACCCAGCCGGUGACGGCACGGACUUCGAUCGGCAGAAGCAGACUCUUCUGAAUAUUCCUGCAGACUGAAGGAAGGUGACUGUCUUCUUCACGGCUUUCACGAUUCAGCCCUCAAGCUAGAUGCCCAUCCUACUGUUUCUCCUCCAUAAAAUUGGGUAAAAGACAUGGGAAAUGUGGAUUUGAAUCCAGGACUCGCUACUUGAGGGAGCAUUCUCAUCAGCAGGCUGCUGUCGUGUUCCCCGUAUUUUCUCUUCUGUCACGUAAAUAUUUAAUUAUCCACCACAGGUUUCCCUUCGUCAGGACGGGAAAGCGCAGAGCCUCCGUGCAGCCUUUUUCUGAUGGCUGCCUCUUUGUUAAAAUGUGAAUUUGAAUUUUUUCUGGCCGAGGAGGCUUUACAACUUAGAGCCCAGACUCCAGAGCAACCGCUGUUCCCAGGACGCGUUGGGGAAGCGUGAGUGCCGUGCACUCGGGCUCCUUCACUGGCUGGUUAAUUGAAAGUCGCUGCGAGAUGAGCUUUGUGUUCGCAGCCGCUGGGGUUGGGGCAGGCUGCGUGUCGGGCUCCCGGGGGGCCGUGUCACGGGGAUGUCUGGGGACUGAACCAGGAGGUUUAGGCAAGAGACAAGUGCCGCACGCUCAGCGGAGCCAAGGUAACAUCUCCGGUCACCUUCAAGGACAGAGCUGCAGCCCUGCAACUUAAUUUGAAAAAUCGAGUCUCUUUCAGAGUUGAGAAUAGAAGUUUGAUGGUGCAUAAAGUUGUACUUCUCUAACCAUAAUGUCGUGCCUCACUGUGACAAACGUACAUGCAGAUGCCAGAUGAAAUAUUCCAGCCGUUGUUUAUAAUUGUCAUUUAUGUACCUUUGGCCAGUCUUCAUGGUAGGCCAAUCAGCGUCCUACGUAACCAUUAUGCUCUACUUUGUAGCGGUGAUUUUCCCGGGCGUAGCAUUUGGGCAGAACGUCGGGUGCGUGCUAGAAGCUGAGGCAAUCUGGUGGUACAAUAGACCAUCUCACCUAAGUGCCUCUAAAGCGUUUCUCACGGUGAAUAACAAAAUCACGGAACAAUACAGAGCUACCGAAGCCUUCGCUCUCCGUGUGCAAAGAUUAGAGCGCUCCGUGCUCGGAAAGGGAAAAGGUGCCCUUUCUUGAGGAGAUCCAAAAGGGACUCGGGAGUCUGAUGUUUUAAACCUUCUGGGGACCUCAGUGCUUCACCUGAGGUGCUGUUUUCUGACUCUCUGGGUAUCCCAAACCUCCCGUGCGUCUUUCUGUUAGUGGGGAUGCCUAAACCAGUAACUCCUCGUGCUGGGAAGCUCCUCAAGCUGGGGUCGUUCUCACUCUUCUAGCCCCAGGGCCUGACCCGAGGCGGCUGCCGACAGGCCGAAAGCUGCUCAGCAGGUGCCUGGAGCGAGGUCGUGAGCCUGUGGCUUGUUGCACUCGCUUGACCUAACGACCGCGCGAUUAUAUGUGCAACAGGAAAAUCUGUGUUCGAAUAACAACCUGCCUGAUUAUUCCAGAACUCUGAGGCUGAAGAAUCUUUUCCUCCUUAUUCUCCUAUAAAAAGGAGAAAUACAAGAAAUAUAUGGGCUCGUGUUGUUGGCACCGCAUUUGCCGCUUCUCAGCUCCUCUCCGAAGUGCAGGACUGCAGUCCCCUACAGCUUCCCCUGGCAACACCUGCCAUGCCUCGUGUGACACCUCACUUCAUCUGCAGAAAACCAGGAUGGGCUUAUUUUUAAUCAGUCUAAAAAAGUCUAACAGGACCGGGCUUCCCAAGUGCAAAAUAACUGCCUUCGUGUAAGAGCAGCCUUUCAGCAAAUGCUUUUCUCGACAACACGAACGGGCUCCAAGUGGAACAAAACAGAAGGAUUCACCAUUAGAGCAGCACAACUUCUCAAAGUUGGGUUUUCAUAGCAUUGGAUUAUCUAAUUAAGAAAAGGUGACUGAUUGUGUUUUCCCCAUAAAUUACUCGGGACGACUACAAGCGGGUUAAUCCGGUACCGGGUGCUGGGAGCAGCAGCCCCAACACGCAGCAAGUUUGCAGUAAGGAGAGGAGGUUUCGGAGGUACCUUAGAGACGUUCAUCUCUCUGGCAGAGCCACGCAACCACUCAAAAGGAGUCGGAAGGCAAAAGAAGUAAGAAUUCCACGGGAUGCCAUAAAGCUACGCGGGUACGCGGAUACUACGGCAGCUCCAGAAGUUUCAGCGAUGUAGAUUUUGCUAAUUACAACUGGCUUUGACAAAGUAGAACAGGAAUUAUGUAGUUACGGGUUAAAAUAGGAGGUAGGAAGAAGUUCUGGGACAAAACAGAAGGUGGAAUUCAGGUGGGGGAAAUAAAUCCCUGAAACUGUAGCAGGCACAAAAGGAGGGGGGGGAAAAAAAGCCGUUUGGUUACUGACCCAAAACUUCAUGGCGCAAUCCCCUCUCGCUGUGCGAUGCUCGUUGGAGCGUGGUCAGAAGGUCCUGCGGUUCCCAACGCAGCCCUUGCUAACAAUCAUCACCUGCAAUUCCAAAAACCUCUUUUUUUUCCCCCCUGCCGGCUCUGCACAAUCGCGGUUUGGGUGUUACCUUGUACGCGCUAAUUUCAAAUUCAGGUUAAAGCCUCCCAAUCGUUGCAUGAGACGGAUGAACCUUCUUAAAAAGGUGAAAAUUUAUGGUUAUAUCAAUACACGAAGCACGUGAAAAAAUCGAGCCACUUGAGGUUUGUUCCUGAAAUCUCCAGAAGGCGGAUAAAGCUGAUCUUACCUGUACCCCUUCAGCUCUGUCUGCUGUAAAGUCUCUUCGAACCACACUUUUGGUGGUAAUAAAUACCAGAAAAGGCCAUUCCCGAGACAGCACUAUUAAUCAAGCCACUCUCAGCUAUUUUGUCAAAAAUACUAGUCAUUGCGUUAAUUGCCAGGUCUCGGGUGACAAUCAGCCGGCAGGCCCCGCGGAUGGAGCCGAAGCUUUUAAUGACAGCCCGGGUGAUUAUAUCCACUCUGUGUUUACGGAUUGCUCAGGCUGCUUGAUUGAAGAAAUUACUGAUGGAAAACUUGUAACUGAGGUCGGGAUUUUUUUUUCCCUCGGAAGAAGGAUGGCGCUGGGCAGCAAAGUCCUGCUCCUUCUCCAUGGGCUCCGCCAGCAGCCGGCUCAAGGCUGCUCGUCCCCAGCGAGCCAGGACAGUGAGAGCUUCACCCAACUGACGCCACUGGAUUUAAAAUCAACUUAUUCCUAAUUUUUAUCUUUAUUGAAAGUGGGUAAGUUAGGGAACGCCGUUCACAUCCACUGAAAAUAUUGUUUCCUGGAUGUUGCAGAGUAGAAAGCUUUUCUAGAAUCACAGAAUGGUUUGGGUUGAAGGGACCUUAAAGCCCCUCCGGUGCCACCCCCUGCCCUGGGCAGGGACACCUCCCACCAGCCCAGGUUGCUCCAAGCCCCGUCCAGCCUGGCCUUGAACCCCUCCAGGGAUGGGGCAGCCACAGCUUCUCUGGGCAACCUGGGCCAGGGGCUCACCGCCCUCACAGGAUGCGGGGGCCCUGGAGGUAACUUGGGUGCCCUUGAUUUGAUCCUCCAAGAAUGGUUUCAGGUAGCCCCUCAGCUGCGGUGGGCGAGCUCCGUGAGGUUGGCCUGGUGGGGUGUAGAAACAGAAAAACUGUUUUCUCCUUAAGGUUAAAGACGGGUCUCUGGUAGGAGUCACAUUAUAACUUUGUAAUGUUAAUGCCUAAAAAAGCUCCCUAAAAAUUACAAAGAGUAAUUUGUAAUUAAGAGUAAAAAUAGAAAAACACAAGAGUGUUUAGAAGUUGGCUUUACUGGAAGGCGUUUUUGCUGUUGCCUGCCCCCAGCCCCUCAACGGGGAGGGCCUGUUCCCUCAGAGCCUGGCGGCACCAGCACGGGGCGGGUACGGGUUGAGGUACCGACUCUGCACUGUACAAAGGGCUGCGGGUUUUUAAAAGCUGUUUGGAGGGGCUUUCGUGAGGGCUGGAAAUGCCAGCGACUGUUUGGGAGAGGCAGUUCCCCCCUCCUCACCUACGCUUUGUUAUCCUUUCUAGCCCUCGCAGCCGAUUCCCCGCAACACGAGCCAUUAAACGUCAACGGAGUCACAGCCGCCUCCGAGAUGUAGCAAGGUCACGCAGUCCCCUAUGGCAACACUCGAAGGUCACAGGCCCUGGCCGUGUUUAAAGCUCUGAGGAAAUAACGCAUCAAG